AUGUUGAUGGGGAGCGGGAGGUACAAUACCCCGAUAUUGAUCAGCACUACUGGUGCUGCAAAGGGGAAAAAAGACAAGGAAAAGAAAAAGGAUGCCCAACCGGCGAUGUCUCAGACAGAGGACAUCCUGAACUCGAUUUUGCCGCCCCGGGAAUGGACACAGGAGGAUCAACUCUGGGUGCAAUACGUUUCCAGUACACCAGCGACCCGAGCAGAUGUUGUCAACCUGCAAGAGGACUUGGACAAAUGGCUGCAGCAGAGACAGGCGCGCGAGACAGGCAUAUGUCCAAUCCGGGAGGAGCUAUAUUCUCAGUGCUUCGAUGAGUUGAUCCGCCAAGUGACAAUCAUUUGUGCAGAGCGUGGCCUGCUGCUCCUGCGAGUACGCGAUGAAAUCAGGAUGACAAUCUGUGCCUACCAGAGCCUCUACGAGUCUUCCAUAGCUUUCGGCAUGCGCAAGGCCUUGCAGGCUGAGCAGCGCCGCAACCAGCACAACAAGAAGAUGAAGGAUCUGCAAGUGGCCAACAAGAAGCUCCGGGAUGAGGUAGAGGAGUUGGAAAACAAGAUCACGCAGAUAGAGAAGCAUGAGGCCGAGCGGCGGGAACAAGAAGAGCGCAAGCACAAGGAGGAGGUUGAGAGCCUGAAGAAGCUUAAUGCGCAGCGGAAGGAGCAGCUUGAGGCCAUGCUUCAAGCUCCAAAGAAGUGA